UCAGAAGAAAUUCCAGUUUGACGGGUUGAACAGCAUCGUACUUAUACAAUUGAGAAUUUAUUUUAUUUAUUUAUUUAUUAAGUUGCACCAACAAAGUGAUCAUCAAUACAAAACGUUGAACAAUUGACAAAAGUUCAUGGCAGAUGUCACCUCAAUUAUAGGUGGCAAUCGACAGUGCAUUAACAACAAAAAUAAAAAAAAAUAUAAAACUAAGAUUUGAUUACAUUUGAUUGAUUGCUUAAUAUUAAUUUAUAUUUAAUUGUGAAAUGAUCUGCGACAGAUUUUUCCUGUAAGUUGUGAGACAAUUAGAAAAAACAUCUAUUUCACUUAAAAUUAGUUCAGCGCAAUUGGACAACUCCGAAGUAACAUUGCGGAUAAGAAUAAGAAUUCGACCUCAUAUCUGAAGAUGGAUAAUGACACCCUAAGUUAUGAUGUCAAUGACUUUCGAUAAUAACUUAAAAACCAUAUACAAAAUUUUAUAUCGUCACCCAGAUAAGGUCACAACACACUAUAAGGGUCACUGGUCGGUUACUCGGCUAUGACUACAAAAAUUUGUCAUACGUCGGCUAUACACACACGGUCGGUAACCAGUUUUUCCCCUAGAUGACAGAAUAAGGCAAACAAGUAUUUAAAUUAUCUACGCAAAGGCCAGCUUGUUCAGUGUUACAAUAACCGUCGAACGUGACACAUUACACAUUGUGGUAAACGUUUUAAAAAAAAACAACAACAAAAUGAAGUUCGCUCCCGUUUUGAUUUUCAUAUUUUUAUCUUUAGUCUGUGUUAUACAAUGUAAAGAUCUUAUAGUAGGUACUAGUUUUAAUAAGAGGCUUCUGUGGCAAGAAAAAGCCGAAUAUAACGCCAUCCCACUCAAGAAACGAGUCAAAGAAGUAUUUUUUUCGGAUCCGGGACAACAACUGAUUAUGGGUAUUAUAGCCCGUGACCUAGACCACUCGGAUGCUGAAGCAAGUAUUACUGCAGGAGGCAUCGGUUUUUCUUAUGCCAACAUAAAGUUGAAAAGCCCACGAGGCUCUGGAUUAAACUACCAACUUGAAAUCUACACGUAAAAAAGUUAUACUUUAGACCAUAGUUUUCAAUCAAGAAGUUUUCUAUCAUUUCAUGUUUAAUUUAGACUUUUGUAUUCAAUAUUCAAUGUUAAAUUAAUGUCUGAAUUUCAUUAAAAAAAUUACAAUAUCAA